AUGUCUCUUACGAUUAAUGAGUUCCGCCGGAUUGCGCAAUCCGUUUGCGAUAUCGACGUCGGGCUCGACCGCCCGUUAGCUUACCAGGUGAGCUCCUGGAACAAGUUAUAAAUCAUGUUUUUUUAUUACGUUAUUAUAUUAACUUAAUAGUCUAUCCCUUUUAUAAUUAAAAAAAAAUUCAGGUGAUAAGUUGCUGUGGGAAAACUGUUCUGCAAUCUCAUUUGGCGUCGUUUUGGCCCGAAGGUUGCGGUAAGUUUUCAAAAUUGAACCAACAACCGCAAAAAAAUGUCUAAACCAAUAAAAAAAAACUUCCUUGGCGAAUUCAAACACCACAACAAGAAAAUUCAAAAGGACAAGGAAAAUCUAACUUAUGAAUGGUUUUAAGAAUUGAUAAGCCUCGAAAAUGCUUUCGAUAUCUACCUGCAACUUGAAGACUUACAAAUCGCCGAAAAAUGAGCUCCGGGCCAUUUUUUUCACACUCGCCUCACUGUAGAGCAAGUUCUUGAAGCAAUUGUAUAAUCUUGAAAAUUAAAAAAAAAUAAUUAUAAAUUUACAGCCGGAAGAAGGUGUUAUCAACGCGGAACGAUUAGCAGACAUCCUACGACAAUACGAAGUCGACGGCUUCAUCGAUCUUGAAAAUGUAAGCUUUUGAGAAAAAAUUGUUCGAUCAGUUGCAAGAGCAAUUUUCGGACCCGAGUUAAAAAAAUUCAAAAAAAGAUGGAAAAACUGAUUGAGUGUAAAUCAGUCAUAUUUUUUUCUAAAAAAAUUUUUUUAAAAAGCAAGUCUGAACCAUUCAAGAUUUUUUGGUUAACGCGGUGAUUGUUUUCUUUUUUUCACUUCAAUACGGCACCUGACAAAAACAUAACCUUCUUUUUCAGUUAUUUCAUUCAUCACUCAGGAACCAUAAAUUUAAAAAAUAAAUAAAAUUUAGUUUGUCCGCGACACUCGCGUUAUACGAGAUGAAACGAUAAAUCGAUUAUUAGGCUUUGAAGGUUUUAUUUUGAAUGAAACGAAGAGAAAACAAUUUGAAACAAAGAUGAGCCAGACGACCUCGAGGAAAAUGAUUCUGAGCUUGCAACAGAAGGUGAAAACUCCACAGACCUCAUCAGCAACUUCCAAGUACCAGUGGUUAGUUUUCAAGUCCCUUUCUCAAUGGCGACAAUUUUUUCAAAUAAAAUCUACCAAUGCUAAUUCUAAAAAAAAAGCUCAAGCUUCCAUCAUUUUUGAUCGGAAAGCGUUCUCGCCGGUCUAAUCAAGAAUUUUGCGCUGAAAUAUUUUUCAGCCAUGUUUUUUUUAAUUAUUGUAAUCAGGAAAAAAAAGAUUAAAAAAGAAAAAAUAAUAAUAAACAUACAGUAGCGAAAAGGGGUGAGCAUUCUUUGGUUUUUCGUCCGUAACUUUAUCAAAAAAUAAUCAUUUUAACCUGAAAUUUCAACCAUUUAAGUAACAUGAUGUUUUUUUUAAAUUUUCAUCACAAUCGCAAAAAAAAGAUAAACAAAUAACAAAUCAACAAAGCCAGUAAACCGCCAUAAUUGACUUCCAAUUCAAAAAAUUAAGCAAUUAGAUCUAAUACUUCUUAGAAAUUUGAGUGUUCCCUACAGUGGUUAGGGGGAAAAACCCAUACAGGAGCCGAAAUAGUGGUCCCUAUAAGGGUGAAAUCAAGAUGGUCUCUACAGGGGUUUAGGGUCUGACCAGGCUUGCGCGUCAAGCCAGGCGGCCCGGGCUUUGAAAAAAAUCUUGAAUUUCCUUUUAAAAAAAGUUCACCGAAAAAUUAUUUUUACUUGUUGAAUCCUAGUUUCUAAUAACUUUAUAAAGAAAAAUAAUUAAAAAAUCCCAUUUUCUCGUUAAAAAAGCGAAAAAUUCGAAAAGAAAAAAAUUUGAACUUUUUUGGCCGGGCCGGCCAUUUUUGCUUGAGGCCCUUCUAAGGCCGGGGGGCGAGAGGUUAAUGGGCCGGCCCUCGCACAAGGUUGGCUCUGACCCCCGAGCCCCUACUGAUUAAGAGUUACCUGUAAGGGUCUUUCAAUUUUAUUAAAAAAAAACGCUUAUUAAUUUAUUUUUAGCAUAAAAACGCUUCUUCCCAUAGAGUUCAUAAAAAAAUGUCGACUAGCAUGUCCCCGAUAGGGACCACUUGGGAGUUCCUAAGUUAGAAGGAUUUGAUAAAAGCCUUGCAUCUUCGGGGCAUCGACUCGAUAAGUGUGUCCAACACGCUCAUUGAUAUUUUCUUCUUCAAUUUUUUUUAAAUCUCAGGUCAAAAUAAUAGUUUUUUUUUUGCAAAGCUAUGAACGAAAAACCAAAAAAAGUUUUCCCCCAUUUUCGCUACUGUAUAUAUACUCUUUAAUCUUUUGAGACAUCUGUCCGCGGUUUUCUGGCAAUUUCACCGUCGCUUUUUGCCAUAAGAUUCAAUGCGGAAGUCGAAACGCCUUCUGAGUGCGAAAUAGUUCUCUCAAUGACAAACAACUGUAAGUUUCCGAGCAUUUCGGUAUUCAAACUAACGAUGAUCUCUCAGCCGAUGUACCAGCUGGUCAAUUCGACAACGACCUUUUCGUCGUGAUUUACAGACAACAAUCUGUGGUCGGCAUUACGCAAUUUGUACUGAAAAAUGUUUGUUCAUCGAUAGUUUUUUUCACGUAACUUCAUAAAAAUUCAAGAAGCGAUACAGCACCGGGGUGAUUAAGCUGGAAAAGGACGAUGAGCUUAUGACGAUCGGCAUGGGAACCUCGUACUCUCGCCGUAAAGCGACUGGGGAACGCGAGGUCCUGCUCACUCCUGACGGCCGGCUCAGCAAGCGAUUCCGGCAAGUUUGAGGAGUUCGACCAAUUGCAGGUCCCUUUCCAGAGUCACUCUUAUGAACAUCUUCGAGGACUUCGACAUCGAUAUGGACGGCUUGCUCAAUAGGAAAGAGCACGACUUUUAUACGAUUGCUACAGGCGACGUUGCCCUGAAUGACGAAGUGAGAAACUCGAAUAAUACUGUCCCUUCAAAGAACGCUGUGAAAAAAAACUUUCUGGAAAUGGGAUGAGUUGCAGGAAUGGUCGUUGGUUACAUCACAGUUCAAUUCGAGGGACGGAUGCCUGACCCUAGACGGUUUUCUCAAGAUGCACCAGCUCGAGGCGACUUCUGGAGACGAGCACGUCAUCGAGGAUAUGUGGACUUCAUUGCAUCGGCUCGGCUACGACAGCGGUCUGCAGUCAAUAUAUGUAAGAUUCGACUUUAUCAAGAAGUCGCGAUGAAUUCAAAAAGUUGCUAUUUCGACAGCGCCUAAAACGAUUUCUGCGUCGAUUCAACCAUGAUUUAGUAAUGAUUUUUCAAGAAAACUUCCGAGAUUUUAUUAUGAAUUCUUCAGGGCUGUUCCUUUAACAUUGAAGUUUUCUCUCAAGCACAAAACGUCUCACUGAUUCCUGAACUACACUUUGUAACGCGUGAAGAUCGCACUUUGUACGUUGACAAUUUCAUUAUAAAUAAUUUUCGAAAACAAUCUAGCAUUCUGCAAAAACUGUACGAUUUGGGAGUUGAAGAACAGACUUGCGAUUUGCGACCUCGAAUCUUUCGCACAGAAUACUUUGGACUGCUCAUUGCACACAAAAAUCCGGUAAGAUCGUCGACUAAAUUGGAACCUGUUAAACCCAGAGGAAUAUUAUUUUUCUAGGACCUGUUGGGUAGACGUUAUCGACUUUCGAUUGAAGAAGACCGUAACGUUCGCUGGAAUUUCGUUAGUGGUCGCGAUGUGAUUCACAUGGAGGACUCAGACAGCGAAUGGGUGUUUCUUUCAAAAUUUACUACAAAAAAACUCUUAUGAAACAUGCGCUGGUGUACGAGAACCAUACGCUGAUAAAACAUAAGGAAAAGCAUUUGGCGGUAUUAAUUCGCACUUAUUUAUCUUUCAUAUGUUCUGCAGGUUCUCAUCGUCUCCUACACGGUAAUGGACGAAGACUACGCGGCGACGUUCAGUUUGAUCGAGAACUGA